UUUUGCUGGAAGACGAAAAGGGUGGAAGAGCUGAGAGAGACUGAGAGAGAGAGAGAGAUCAAAGAAGAGAGGGGAGAAAGAGAGAGAGUUCGUCUUGCGGUCCCCAAAUUUCGAGGACGUUUUACAAAUAUCUAGGGUUUCGGAGUGCGGGAGAGUAGAGGGAGAGAGCUCUGUUUCAAAAGAGAUAAGGUAAGUUGGAGAGAGCUAGCGUUGCCUUUUUUUCUCGGAGGAAAUCGUGAAAUUUAGUAGUUGUAGUUGUUUCGCAUGUAGAGAAAGCGGAAGAAAAGGAGAAAUUCUCGUCGGAUAUGAAUCUUUUCGGUAGAGCAAAUAGUUUUCUAGGCAUUUUUUGGGAAAUUUUCUCAAAAUUAACUAUUUUAAUGAUCAAGGAGUUCUUGCUUCUUUGGUAAGAUAGAAGAAUUCGUCAUUUUCUAGAGUUCAUGAAGUGAUGGACUUUCUUUUGACCAACUGGGUCCCAUUACAUCUAACAGUAAUUGAUUUCCUUGGAAGGUCGAAUUUUGGAGGAGCAUCACUCUUCCUCCCCCUUCCUCACCUUCUUCCUUCGCGUUAAUUUGCUGGUGAUAUGCAUUAAUAAAGAAAGCUGGUUCUGUUUGUGCGCAGAGGAUUUGUAAUCUUGAUUUAGGGAUCUGGAAGGGAAAUAAUAAUGGAGCGCUCUCUUUUGGAAAUUAUUAUGGAUGGCCGGAGUGGCCGAGAAGAAUCAAUCUUAGCAUCGAUGAAAUUUGCUGUUCUACCAAUUGCAAAGGUUUUUACCAUGUGCUUUAUGGGAUUUCUGAUGGCCUCCAAGCAUGUCAACAUUCUUCCUGCAAAUGGCCGGAAGCUUCUUAAUGGGCUAGUCUUUUCUCUUCUUCUUCCUUGCCUGAUAUUCUCUCAACUUGGACGGGCAAUCACUUUGCAAAAAUUGGUAGAAUGGUGGUUUAUCCCUGUUAAUGUCAUUUUGGGAACGAUAUCAGGGUCGCUAGUUGGUCUCAUUGUUGCAUCCAUUGUUCGUCCCCCAUAUCCAUACUUCAAGUUCACCAUUAUACAUAUUGGGAUUGGGAACAUUGGAAAUAUACCUCUUGUUCUGAUUGCAGCUCUAUGCCGAGACAAAUCCAACCCUUUUGGUGACUCUAGCAAAUGUAGCCAAGAUGGGAAUGCUUACAUCUCUUUUGGUCAGUGGGUUGGUGCAAUUGUUCUGUACACUUAUGUAUUUCAGAUGCUUGCACCACCACCUGGUGAAACCUUUGAUGGCGCUGAAGAGGAGAACCUGCCAACUAAGAACCCUGUCAACGGCGCUACACCUGAACAGGUGCCUUUGCUAACUUCUGAAGAGCCUGGGACAACAAGGUUGGAAUCUUCAAAACAAGGAAAACUAAUCAGCCAAUUAUGGUAUCUCGUUGAAAAAUUAAAGUUAAAGCAAAUUUUUCAGCCCCCAAUUAUUGCUUCUAUACUGGCAAUCAGUAUUGGUACAGUACCAUUUUUAAAGCACUUCAUCCUCACAGAUGAUGCUUCACUCUUCUUCUUCACUGACAGCUGCCUCAUUCUUGGGGAAGCCAUGAUUCCAUGUAUUUUGCUCGCUUUGGGUGGUAAUCUUGUUGAUGGUCCAGGUGCAGGGAGUAAAAAGCUUGGAUUCCGAACAACCGCUGCCAUCAUAUUUGGUCGUCUGGUCUUGGUUCCUCCAGCAGGGCUUGGAAUUGUCACUUUGGCUGACAAGCUUGGCUUCAUCCCCAAGGGUGACAAGAUGUUCAAAUUUGUUCUUCUACUGCAGCAUUCAAUGCCCACUUCUGUGCUAUCUGGUGCAGUGGCCAAUUUACGAGGCUGCGGGAAGGAAGCAGCCGCCGUUCUAUUUUGGGUCCACAUUUUUGCUGUUUUCUCCAUGGCUGGAUGGAUUGUUCUUUAUCUAGGCAUACUUUUCUAAAAGGCCUAACUUUCUCCACGUCUCUCUAGUUGAUUGUUGGAUAAAUAUUUAUUUGGACAGAGUAAAAGCUGUAUCGAUAAAUAGACAGUCCGGCAAAGGCUGGUGAUCGUGCGGUAGGUGAUAUUAUUUUGCUACAAUUAUUGCCAUGCAUGCGACCUCGGUGCACAUCAUAGAUGUGGGAAAAGUUGUCGCUACGGCUAUCUGGUUGAGUCCUGUGAAGAGGCACCUGUCCAUUGGAGGACCCAGUUCAGAUCUAGGCUGGUAGAGCAACCGAUAAAGCUCAUGGUCUGUGGAACGAGUAGAGGCUGCUGGCUUGAGUUAGAGCAGCUACGCAAUAACGGUAUUUCGGUCGGCAUAUGGUUUCGGCAUGUAAUUGAAAACAAACAAUUAGGACAAUAAUUUUUUGUUCGGGAAGUAUGUUUUGUGAUCAUUGUUAUAUUUUAAUGAUGUUGCAUCCAUUGAAGCUCUUC